GCCAUAUUAUAUAUAUAUAUCGUUUAUAUAAAAGGCUUAUAAGACAUCUAAUAUCUCUACUCCUCUUCGAUUUUGAUUUGACCCUUUGUUUUUUCCGCUCACCCAAUUUAUCAAUUUUUAUCUUCCAAACCCUUUUCGACCCAUUUCGUGAUUGUCCGCAGAGAGCGCCAGAGGUGGGAGUUUUACUAUGGCCAAAAGUCCAUUCAAGCUCGAACAUCCAAUGGAAAGGAGGCAGGCAGAAGCUCUUCGCAUCAAAGAGAAGUAUCCAGAUAGAAUACCUGUUAUUGUGGAGAAGGCUGGAAAAAGUGACAUUCCUGACAUUGAUAAGAAGAAAUACCUUGUUCCAGCUGAUUUAACAGUAGGGCAGUUUGUCUAUGUCGUCCGGAAAAGGAUCAAGCUAAGUGCUGAGAAGGCUAUUUUUGUCUUCGUGAAGAACACUUUACCUCCCACUGCUUCCUUAAUGUCAGCUCUUUAUGAGGAUCACAAGGAUGAAGACGGAUUUCUAUAUAUGACUUACAGUGGAGAGAACACCUUUGGAUCCUCUUAUCAGCUACAAUGCCUUGAGUAAAAGAGAACUUGACAUUUGUACAUUCCCAUAGCUUUGUCUCUUCAAACCAAUGUUCUCAAUUUCUCAUCCAAUUAUGAUUAAACUCAAUUGAUGAUGCCUAUUGGAAUAAAUAGAUUCAAUACCAUCAAUUCUACUCUGCUGAAAAGCAUUUGAGUUAUAUGUGACAUUUUGAUUUGGAUUUUAAAUGGAUGGUAUUAAAUGCUCGGUUCUCUGUUCUUUGGA